AUCGUUCUGCUGUUACCGUAUGCUGAUUGCCGUACAGACAGUGUUAAUGAUUGUUUUUUGUUUUGUUUCGUGCGACUUGUAGAGUGUUGUAAGGUGUGCAGACGAACGACGCCGGACCGCAGCCGCGUUUCCGUGCAUUUACCGUCACCGGUGAACCUUUGAUAGGUCUUAUUUUUCCUCGUCUAGUGUGCUUCCUGAAUUGGGUGAGCUCGUUUCGCUUCGAUAUUAAUCAUCGUCCGGUGGGCACGUUUACGUUUCACGUUACAUUUGGUCCGGACUAUCGGGUCCAAACCACCGUGUUCUCGUGGUCGUAUCGAUCGUCUCGUGGCUCGCGGUUUGAUGAUCGCAUAUCCCGCGGCAUCAUCGCUGUUAUUCCCUUCGGUGUCCGUCUUCCAAACGAUCUCGUGUGCUCGAACGUCGCCAAAGCCGUUGUUUCACAAUGGACGACGCUUACCCGUGCUUAAUCUGCGAUCGCACUUACCAUGACGAGGAAGUCGUCAUCGGUUUGGUGUCGGAGGAGGCAAAGAAAGAACAAAUUUGUGAGAAACUAUCCAGUCUCAUGAAUAUCAAUAUCUCUCUUAAUGAACAUGAACUGCUGUAUAUUUGUAAAGCAUGCUACGGGCAAGUUCAAGUUUGUUUCCCAUUCAUAACUAAAGGUCAAAAAAAUGUUGUAAAAUAUAUCAGAAACGUACAUCAUUCACCAUCAGAUAAUGCGAUCAGAACUGAAAAUAACAAAAAUAAGAAAAUACUACCUGUUAAUCCUUUGUUUAACAAAUACCAGUUUGAUGUGAAAAGCUUGUUUGAUGCAAUAAUAAGCUUUUUGAAAGAUAAUAAUGAAAACCUAAGUUCAGCUAGCAAUUUUGAAAAUUUUGUCCAAUAUAUUGGUACAAAUAACCACAACAGUAUUACAAAUCAAUUAGAUAUUGAAAAUGAUGAAUCUGUUGGAAAUAGAAUUCCAGAAAGUCCUCAUGUACUUGAAGUAAAUAUGCCAUGUACAAAUGAGCCUAAUAUAAACACAAAUAAUAUAAACCAUGAAACUAACUCUAGCGUACCUAAAAACAUUUUAUCGAAUGCACAUAUUCCUAUUAUAAGUACAAACAAUUUAAGCAAUGCAAUUAAUCCUGGUACAAAUAUUUUACGUAUUAUUACAAAAUACGGUCCUAAUGCUGGAACAAAUAAUGUAAACAAUAGACAUGCCAUAAAUAAUAUAAAUCAAUCUAGAAUAAACCUUCCUAUUGUUUGUAAAAAUAAUGUUAUCAAAUCAAGCAGAUUCUGUGUAUUAAGUAAACCUCCAAUACUUAUAAACAGACGGCGUGUCGAAACAAAUACUGUUAAAAAUCUUGGUUCUGCUGCACGUUUAAAUCAAUCUAAUGUGAAUAAUCCUUCCACAGUCCAAAGUACAGUAAAUAAUCAUAAUAAUAGUGUUCAAUUAAAUGGAGAAAUAAAUGAAAUUAGUGAUGAUGAAGUGAUUUGUUUGGAUGAUGACGAUGAUGAUGAUGAUAAUAAUCAUAAUGACAAUAAUCGUAAUCAUAAUGACAAUAAUAAUAAUGGCAAUGACAAUAGCUUACAAGCUCUUGAAAAUUCUAUAAGUCCUUUAAACCAGUGGGUGCUACCACCACCACCACUAAUCGUAAAUAAUAUUAAUAAUAAUGCUACAACCAACAUCCCUAAAUCAUACCAACGUAGAAACCAAAAUAGUACAAAAAAACUUAUUCAAUUUAAAAGAAAAGUAAUUUACUUACGCAAUAAUGCUCCAUCCACAAAUAUUUCAACUGAAGAAAUGACAGUUACUCCAGAUAUACCAGUUCCAAAUUCUGAUGUGGGUUCUUCAUCAAAUGAGGUAGAAGGCACAUACUCUGGUCCAGAAAAUGAUCGUACUGAAGCAUUACAAGUUCGACCAGAAACUGGACCAUCAAGAGUUUUACCAGAUACCGGAUUCCAUUUUUUAUUCUCAACUGAUGAAACAGUUGACUUGACUACUAAAGAAGACAAUACUCCAAAAAAAACACCAAUCAUAAAACAAAAGAAAACUCCUAAGCCUAGAAAGGCUGUAGCACCUAAGAAACCUACUCCAAAAACUUCCAUUGCACAACGUAAUCGUGAUGAUCGUGAAGCAAAAAGUCAACUACUAAGAUCUUCUACAUCAUCAACUAUAGAAAAAAAACAGACUCGGAAUACUUCCAUUGCUAAUUAUAAUCUAAAAGCAAAAGGUCAACUACUAUUAUCAUCAACUUCAUCAACUACUGAACAGUUGGACACGUCAUUAACAAAACCUAGACCCAAGAGAGCAUCUGCUAUAGCUAAUGCUGCUGAGAUAAAAAAUUCUGGCUUAUUCAAACUAGGAAGGCAAAUAGAGGGCAGAAAUGGCAAUUGGUUAACAACAGCGACAAAUAUUUCACUUACAAUAUACCAAUGCCCUAUUUGUGAUAAGUAUUACUAUAGUCCAGAAAAACGCCGAGCACAUGAAACUGCAAUGCAUUCCUCGCUGCUUGAGUCUAUAGAUAGACCUAUGGACAUUGUUUCUACCUCUGGAAGUACAGCUUCUAUUCAACAGUUAUAUCUUUUUAAUUAUUUGCAACUUUGCGUAACAUCAAAAAAUAAAACAGAUGCAAUCCAUCAAUUGGCCAAGAGAAAAAAUAUGUUGAAAUCAUUUAAGACUAACGGACAGACAAUUAUUGGCUUCUUUCAGUGCAAUUAUUGCCCAUUUGAUACAAAUCUUACGUUUGUUUUAUGGGCUCACAUGACCUCCAAUCAUCUAAUUUGUGAUUUUGAAAAAAAGUCAUGUUUAUUUUGCUUUUUGUGCUGUCGCACGUUAACUAAACGUACAACAUUGCUCAAACAUUUAGAUGGUUGUGUAAAUAAACAGAAUGUAUUAACAAUUAAUAACUCAUAUGAUCGAUUUAUAUGUAUAAUUUGCGAUGAUAGUUUCGAUACAUUGAUGGAAACUGAGGAUCAUAUGUGGAACCAUUUCGGGAGGUACUAGUAGGGUUAGGUACAUUCAUAUUACUUAUAUAAUAUAUAUAUAUAGUAUAUAACUUACAUAUUAUAUAUAUAUAUAUAUGUAUAUAUUUUAUAUCUGAACUUUGUAUAAACUUUUUAUUAUUUUUAUAAGUGAUAGUGUUAUCCAUUAGAUGUUAUAAUUAUUUCCUAAACUACUGUUAAUAUUAGAUUGUUCAAAAGUAAUCUGUUUGAAAUUUUAAUUUAAUUUCAAAGGAAAUACAAUAAAAGGCUAGUUAUGUUUUUCUCCAAUUUUAAUUUCAUUCAAGGAUAAACAUAAUAUAUUAUAUGCAUAAUUUCUUAUUGAUUUAUGCUUUGACUUAACAUAAAUUUGUUUCUUUGUUUAGAAUAAUCUUUAGUUAUAUUUAAUGAUUUCUCAUUUCUUUUGUUACAUUGAAAUAAUUCAAGUUAAAAAUUAAAUGUUUUAUUUGUAUUUACUUUAAGAUUUUAUUUUGUAUUAUUAUUAUGAUGACUAUUUUUUUUUGUACACAAGCAAUUAAUCGUGUAUGCUUGUCCUACUAAAUUUAAGUAUUUCUAACUGAUAAUAAUUAUAUAGCUAAACUGAAAAUGAAAAUGUUGUUGAAUAAAAUCAGUUAUUAUCUUAUAAGCUGUUGAGUGCAAAUAAAAUUAUCACUUGCAUUCUACAAACUUAAAUUUUUUUUUAUUCAUAAUACGGUGACUCUAUAAAUACUUUGAUGAAUAUACUCUAUAAUAAUAUAAACAUUUAUUUAUUUAUUUAUAUUCAGGUGUUGUUAACUUGGAGAUGUUUUUCAGUUUACUUUGAAAAACUGUUGAUUUACUUUCAUAUAGAAGUUAAAAUAUUUUUGUGUUGUUAUUAAUUAUUAUAGUUUGUUUUUAUUAAGUUUGCCGAAACAGAACUGAUUUUUAUAUGUCAAAAUGAUGACUGGGAUAUUUUUAUCUUGUACAUAUUAUUUGUUUAUUUAUUAUAUUAUUGAUAUGUUAUUUGUUUUUAUACAUACCAAUUAUUAGACUUGCAUAAUGCAUAAAAACAACUAUGAUUAAUACUUUAAUAUUUAUGAAGUUUACUGAUAAACAUUAAACAACAGUUGAUAAAAAAA